AUGGCAGCUUCUUCACAAACACGAUUCAGGUCCAUAAGCCUGCCCUCAAGAUUACAACACCCCACAGGCUUUGAAUCUCAUCUCCAAAAUCUGAAAUCUUGGCAGGUUCCAAAGGCUGCUCCAAUCAGCUCAGACGCCAUUCAAUCCGGUCUCCUUGAGCUGUCCGAACUUUACAACCAGUUCAAGACUCAACAGCAAAAAUUGUCUCUCCAUCGAGAUGGAAAAUCAGUUCAAGACUCACUCAGCACCUCGAUAGAGCUCCUGGACUCGUGCGCCACAAUCAGGGAAUCCGUUCAGAUGAUCAGGGAAGCCAUUCAGUCCCUUCAAUCAGCGCUGCGCCGUAAGGGCCUGGAUUCAUCCAUCCAUCCCGACACAGCUUCAUACCUCACCAUCAGAAAGAAGAUGAACAAAUCCAUAUCCAAGACCAUGAAAUCACUCAAGAAACUGGAAAACAAGAACGGCCUCGAGGAGUUGACACAAGUGAAUCUCAUCACUGUCUCCAUCUUCAAAGGUAUCUUGGUGUUCCUGUCCUGGCCAACCACCUGGAAUCUUGUCUCGAAGCUGAUAUCGACAAAGGAUCAUCAUCAUCAUCAUCUUUAUAGUGAUGUUACUGAGGUGGGCUGUGUGGAUUCUGCAGUAAACACUCUCCAUGGUAGAGUGAGAAACAGCAAUGAUUCCAAGAAUUUUGAUCUCCAAAUGAUGCAAACAAAGCUACAGAAUCUUGAUGCUUGUGCAGAAGGAAUUGAAUCUGGAAUCGAAACAGUUUUCAGGAAUUUAAUUGAAUGUAGAGUCACACUUCUCAACAUUGUGACUGAUCAUUGA